AUGGAGCGGCGGUACGUAGCGGCAGCCAGCCACCCGGGGGCGUUCUGAUGAUCUGACGGAAACCAAACCCAACGGCUUGGGUGAAUCCUGAGCCCCUGAGCGAGGAGAUGAACCCACGGAGUAGGAAGGGCUGAGGAGUAAACAGCGGGGAGUGGAGGGCCAGGGGUGACCUUCAGAGAGGUCUCCUGACCUUCCCAGGGCGCGUCACCUCGCAGCCCGGCCAGAUAAUCCAGAGAUCAGUCGGCUGCCGAGACCACCUGCUGCCGAGGAACGCUGUGAGGCCUUAGUCCUAAAGUCCCUGUCCCACUGGGAGCUGCCCAGUACAGCCAUACUCUGCUACUGGUUCUACUGGGUGCUUCCCAGCACAGCCACGGUCUUUAGGGCGGGACAGUCGAGUGGUUAGGGUGAUCCACUCCCAGCUGAAGGCCCCGGGAUCUGACCCCCCAGUGCCACCCCUCCCAGUGAUCCUGAAGGUCAGGGCUCCUCAGCGUCUCCACGUUUCAGCGCCCGGCGCGGGGAUUAGAGCGCGAGCCAAUGACCGCGUGGUAAAUACUAGUGGUGUUGUCAGGGGGGGAUAGAGGUGGAGAGGUGAUCUCUAUGAGCCGCUCUGCUCCCCGACCCGAGAACACGUUCACUGCUCACCCAUCCGAGGCUCAGGGGCCCGCGGACGUAGAUCAGCCCCAAACCUGGCGGCAUCGAACCAGCAACCCUCAGGGUCCGAGGCAGUGAGACGGUCAGAACACGGAGGCGUGCCGGCUGCGUCUGUCGCCCGACUUCCUGUCAGUACGGCUCAGGUCACUCCGCGGUCUUAGAGCGCAGAGGAGACAAUCCCGAGAGCCGGCAAAUAGGAUUAGUGUCGGGAGGAGGUCCAUCUGCAGCGCCGGCCGUCAUCACCGCCCCGUGUCCCGGAGCGCCGCCCUGACCCGGAGCAUCACACCCCAACGCCCCGCCCAACAAGAUCAUACCUCCGCCCGACAGGAGUCAUACCUCCGCCCGACAGGAGUCAUACCUCCGCCCGCACCACCCUCUGCCUGCACCCGGCCAUGUGACCCGGUGAAGACGGACACUCUGAGGACAGACCUGGGGCCAUGUGACCCAGUGAAGACGGACACUCUGAGGACAGACCGGGGGGCCAUGUGACCCGGUGAAGACGGACACUCUGAGGACAGACCUGGGGCCAUGUGACCCAGUGAAGACGGACACUCUGAGGACAGACCGGGGGGCCAUGUGACCCAGUGAAGACGGACACUCUGAGGACAGACCGGGGGGCCAUGUGACCCAGUGAAGACGGACACUCUGAGGACAGACGGUGGAGGAGCGGAACAGCGUGAGGUUGAGUUUGGGGAUGCGUGGAUCGUCCUAGAGGUUCAAGAUGAUGGUCUGCUGGACCCUUUGGACCGGGCUUCUAUUGGGUGGUCUUCACCUGCUGACAGAGGCCCGUGGUGGAGGCGGAGGUGGGGGCGUGGCCUGGGGGCGGUCUGCGGGGACCAGAACCCUCGGACCAGGGCCGGGGCCGGGGCUCUGGGCGGCGGGCCGCCGGGGGCCCGGGGCCCUGUCCCGCCAGAGGAGGGAGGCCCUGUUCCCCAGCGGGGUGAAGCUCUGCUCCCAGGAGACGCUGGAGACGGCGCUGAGGAACCACCUGGACUACUUCCACCUGAGAGUGUGUCAGGAGACGGUGUGGGAGGCCUAUAAGAUCUUCUGGGACCGCCUCCCCGACCGGGAGGAGUACCAUGAUUGGCUGAGCCGUUGUUUGGACGGUUCUGUCAGCCUCAUUGAGAUUGGCCGGCAGUUCAGCCAAUCACAGGAGCACAUCCAGCUCAUCAGGACUAGGGUAGAGGUGACUGCAUCGCUGAACAGCGUUCCUACAAGCUCCGCCCCCCCACUCUGCAGUACGGAGCCCCCAGCCCACGGCGACAUCACCUGGACAGAGGACGGGGUCGUGACCCCGGGAGGAGGACCCACCACGGCUGACCUCGGUGACCUCUCACCUGAGCCCCCCGUCGUCACGGCGACGCCGGGCGGUGACGUCACCAGCGCCUCCCAGCAGGACGUCCCGGGAGCUCCUGGGACGUCCCCUGACCCCCCGGCCGGGCCCCCCACGGCGCUCCCAGGAGAGGAAGACCACGAGGGGGUCCCCUCAGACCCCUCGGACCACCUCAGGACGGGUGGAGAUGCGGCGGAGGCAGCAGCCGAGGGCGGAGCAGAGGAGGAAAAGGAGGAGGAGGAGGAGGUCGUCUCUGAAGACGCAGAGCUUCUAGCCCCGCCGACCACCGCCAACGAGGAGCCCGCAGAACCUGAGGAGGACCAUUCUCCCGGGGCCCCGGUGGGGCUCUGGGACCCCGCCCAACAGGAACCUCCUCCUGACGAGGUCCUGGUCCAGACCCCCAGCGCCUCCUCAGACCAGCACUCCUCUCAGGGUCCUGGACACGGCCCCCACACACCGCCCACCCACCUCACCUCCACCUCCUCCACGGACGUCACCUCCACCACCUCCCUAGACGUCACCUCCACCACCUCCGUAGACGUCACCUCCCUAGACGUCACCUCCACCACCUCCCUAGACGUCACCUCCCUAGACGUCACCUCCCUAGACGUCACCUCCACAGACGUCACCUCCACCACCUCCCUAGACGUCACCACCUCCACAGACGUCACCUCCACAGACGUCACCUCCACCACCUCCACAGACGUCACGACCCUUGAGGUCACGAUGGUAGAGGUCACGACCCUUGAGGUCACGACCCUUGAGGUCACGACGGUAGAGGUCACGACCCCAGAGGUCACCCCCAGGUACAUUGUAGAGUACAACAACGGGAACUUCCCGGAACCAACGAUGGAAACGCAGGAAGACAACCAGGACCUCCUGGGGAACAACGUCUUCGGCCUGGAGGACGAGCUGCAGAACACGAUCGGUAACGAGAUGGGGGCCAGCCGGCCGCGGCCCCCCCGGCCCCUGAAGGAGCAGGUGGUGGAGCUCUACGUCAGGCUGAGGGGAGAGACCUUCACCAACGCCCUCAGGGACCCCAGCAGCUCCCAGCACCUCCUGCUCUCCAGACGGUUCACACGCAAGGUCCGAGACGUCUUCGACCAGGUGCCUGGCUUCAAGAGCGUCUCUGUGGUGGAGUUCAGACCUCAGAAAGAUCUGGAGAGGGGUCUGGUGGUCCUUGUCCACUACGCCGUCACCCUGGAGGUGGACAGCGGGGGGGUCAGCAGCCACACCCUGGACUCCGUCACCCAGCUGAACGCGGGGGUGGAGCUCUCGUACCGGGCGGAGCAGCCCACCGUGGUCUACACCAUCACCGACUACAGGAACUACAUCACCGAGGCUCUGCACCGGGACCCCCUCCCCCGCACCGCCCCCCAGCCCGACGCCACCGCCCCGCACCACGUGGAGAACGUCCUGCCGUCCUCCGAGCCCGCCGGGGCCCGGGGGGGCGCCCCGGGCCUGAUGGAAAACGUCCUGGCAGCGGAGAGGCCUCCGGACGCCCCACCCCAGGAAGUGGGCGGCGCCGCGUCACAGGAAGUGGGCGGCGCCGCGUCACAGGAAGUGGGCGGCGCUGAGGGCGUCCUCACGAAGGACAACUUCCUGCUGGCGACCUUUGACCCCUGGAAAGGGAAACACUCCGAUGUGGCGAGCAGUGAAAACGACGUGCUCCUAUUGGACGAGAGCACAGCCACUCCCCCUGUCCCUGAUUGGACAGAUGACCUCGGAGCAGAUGCUGGAGGCCUGGACGAUGAGGGCUUCCUCUUCAGCAGCCUCCCGGCCCCGGUCAGAGGGGUUGAUGCCCCGGGCCCCCCCGCCCCGAGGCCCUCGGCGGCCCUGGAGGAGGGGGCCUCUGGAGGCUCCUCGGGGGACGGGGCGGGCAGCGGCCUGGAGGCCUGGACCCCCCCGCUGGACUCCAGGGGGGGGGCCUUCUACGAGGGCCUCCCCCCCCCGGACCUGGAGGAGGAGGCCCCGGAGGAGGGCCCCGACGGCACCACCGGGGCCCCGCAGGGCCCGGUGGUGAUCACCCAGGACCUCGGCUCAGACCCGCGCCUCACCAGCACCCCCAGCCCCCCCGAGCUGUGGACCAUGGCCCAGCGGCCCAGAGAGAUGCUGGGCCGGACCCCCGGGGCCUCGGGGAUCCCCCAAGACCUCUCCUUCAUGGAGCCCUUCUCCCCCAACGGGGCGCAUUCUCUAGAACCUUCUGCUCCUUCUACAGAACCUCCUCCCUAUUCUCUAGAACCUUCUGCUCCUUCUACAGAACCUCCUCCCUAUUCUCUAGAACCUUCUGCUCCUUCUACAGAACCUCCUGCUCAUUCUACAGAACCUUCUCCCUAUUCUCUAGAACCUUCUGCUCCUUCUCCAGAACCUUCUGCUCCUUCUACAGAACCUUCUGCUCCUUCUACAGAACCUUCUGCUCCUUCUACAGAACCUUCUGCUCCUUCUCUAGAACCUUCUGCUCCUUCUCUAGAACCUCCUGCUCAUUCUACAGAACCUCCUCCCUAUUCUCUAGAACCUCCUGCUCCUUCUACAGAACCUUCUGAUCCUUCUCUAGAACCUUCUGCUCCUUCUACAGAACCUCCUCCUUAUUCUCUAGAACCUUCUGCUCCUUCUACAGAACCUCCUCCCUUCUCUCUAGAACCUUCUGCUCCUUCUACAGAACCACCUCCCUAUUCUCUAGAACCUUCUGCUCCUUCUACAGAACCUCCUCCCUAUUCUCUAGAACCUUCUGCUCCUUCUACAGAACCUCCUCCCUAUUCUCUAGAACCUUCUGCUCCUUCUAGAGAACCUUCUGCUCCUUCUCUAGAACCUUCUGCUCCUUCUCUAGAACCUUAUGCUCCUUCUCUAGAACCUUCUGCUCCUUCUCUAGAACCUUCUGCUCCUUCUACAGAACCUUCUGCUCCUUCUACAAAACCCUCUACUCCUUCUCUAGAACCUUCUGCUCCUUCUACAGAACCCUCUACUCCAGACCCGGCCUCUGCUCCAGCCCCGGCCUCCUCCUCCGGUCCUCAGCCUCAGAACAUCCGAGUGGAUGGUUCUGAAGAGGAGGUUCCCUCCGACCCCAGGGAGGUUGUGGUUGGUCCAGACCGCCCCCUCAGUGAGGGACCACCCAGCGCCGCCCCACAGCCUCCUCUGCUGACGCAGCAUGACCCUGAGGUUCUGUCCACGGAGGGGCUGGAGCCAGGGGCGGCGGUGGAACCACAGGGGGAGGGGGAACCAGAGGUGGAGGUAGAACCCGUCCUGCUGCAGCCAGAAGGGGACCAUCAGGAGGACUUUGGGGUUCUGGCGGAGCACCGUGUGGGCGGGGCCCAACCGGUGACGCCCACGCGACCCCCGGCCGACCUGUCCCCGGAGGACCUGGUCGAGGACGAGGUCAUGCUGGUUACCAUGACGACUGCUACGACCGCACCGGUCGCCAAGGUGACCGCCGAGCAGAGCAUCUCCCUGUCCCCCGAGAUGGACUCCCCGUUCACGCGCGUGUCGGACGCGGCGCCGGAAGACGAGGGGAACCUCCGGGAGCCUCCUCGCCAUGACGACCGCCUCGACGACCGCCUCGACGACCGCGUCCAAGAGUCUCCUCCCCGCGACGACCAGCUCCCAGAGUCUCGUCUCCACGACGACCAGCUCCCAGAGCCUCGUCAUCGUGACGACAUGACGUCCCACUCCGGCUGGGCUGAGAACAACCAGACCGAGGGCGUGUCCACAGCGACGCCCGGCCCAGGGGUCCAGGGGGUCCGACCCUCCGCCGGGGUCCCCCCCUCAGGGCCCGAGGGGGACCUGACCUUUGACCCGACCCGGCCCCUGGACGGAGAGGGCAGCGGGCUCCCGGAGGAGCCCGGGGCGGCGCGGCAGGCGGUGGCCCGGCCCACGGCCCCGGGCAGGGCUCUGUCGGUGUUCUUCAGCCUCAGGGUCACCAACAUGAGGUUCUCCACGGACCUGUUCAACAAGAGCUCUGCGGAGUACCGGGACCUGGAGCAGCGCUUCCUCCACCUGUUGGUGCCGUACCUGCAGUCCAACCUCAGUAACUUCCAGAACCUGGAGAUCCUGAACUUCCAGAACGGCAGCGUGGUGGUGAACAGCCGGCUGCGCUUCGGGGGGCCGGUGCCGCGGGCCGUGGCCACCGUGGUGCACCUCAUCCUGGACGACUUCGCCGCCACCGCCUACCACACCAUGGACCUGACCAUCGACAGGACCUCGCUGGACGUGGAGACGGGGGACCGGGCGGACCCCUGUAAGUUCCAGCCCUGUAACGCGUUCUCGCGCUGCGUGGUGGACCCGGGCUCCGGGGAGGCGGCGUGCGUGUGCAGCGCGGGGUUCCACAGCGUGGGCGGUCUGCCCUGCAGCAGCGUCUGCCAGGCCACGCCCCCCUACUGCCUCAACGACGGCCGCUGCGACCUCGUCCCCGGGAGGGGGGCCGUCUGCAGGUGUCCCGUGGGGGACCGCUGGUGGUACCGCGGGCGGCGCUGUGAGGAGCUUGUGUCGGAGCCGCUGGCGGUCGCCAUAGCGAUGGGCGCGGUGCUGGGGGUCCUGCUGCUGGCGGCGGGGGGGCUGUACCUCCUGGCCCGCACGCUGAGGGACCAGUACCCCCCCCAGGACUCUGAGGACCCCCGACGACAGGGCGACAGGGCCUCAUCGACGGAGGAGGGCUCCAGUGGGUUCCCCCCCGGGUACCGGAGCGAGCCCGUCUCAGCCCAGUACUACCGUCGCUACGACGACCACCUGCCCCACUACUGCACCGCCGCCCCACCCGGAGACGGGCCGGACCCCCGGGAACCCAGGGGCCCCCCAGACCCCACGGGGCCCCCCAGACCCCACCCAUAAGAACACCACCAACACCAGCCUCACUGCACAGGAGCGAGUGCGGAUGCAUGAGUUUUACUCUCAGGACAAACACUUUGCAGACUUUGUGCGACAGACUCAAUUGUUUCUGGGCAGCAGACGGAGCUCCUCCACCUAACCCCACGGCCCCCGCUGUUUCUCUGAGCUCAAACUCCCUGGACCCGCCCUCUCUGCCGAGGAAGGGGAGGAGUCUCCUGUUGCCGUGGUGAUAUCAGCGGACAGGAGAGGAAACCAAAGGAAGUUUGGGGCUACAUUUUUAUACAGACACUUUUCAUGCUCUACGACAUCGUAGAACGUGAACUACGCACUGCCAGGCUCACAGCGAUCGGACGCUCUCUGGUCAGCUGCUAAACACUACAGUAGGGCUAGGUUCCUACACUGGUCUGUUGGUCUGAGACUUUCUCUGGUCAGCUGCUAAACACUACAGUAGGGCUAGGUUCCUGCACUGGUCUGUCGGUCUGAGACGUUCUCUGGUCAGCUGCUAAACACUACAGUAGGGCUAGGUUCCUACGCUGGUCUGUUGGUCUGAGACGUUCUCUGGUCAGCUGCUAAACACUACAGUAGGGCUAGGUUCCUACGCUGGUCUGUUGGUCUGAAACGUUCUCUGGUCAGCUACUAAACACUACAGUAGGGCUAGGUUCCUACGCUGGUCUGUUGGUCUGAGACUUUCUCUGGUCAGCUGCUAAACACUACAGUAGGGCUAGGUUCCUACGCUGGUCUGUUGGUCUGAGACUUUCUCUGGUCAGCUGCUAAACACUACAGUAGGGCUAGGUUCCUACACUGGUCUGUUGGUCUGAGACGUUCUCUGGUCAGCUGCUAAACACUACAGUAGGGCUAGGUUCCUACACUGGUCUGUUGGUCUGAGACGUUCUCUGGUCAGCUGCUAAACACUACAGUAGGGCUAGGUUCCUACACUGGUCUGUUGGUCUGAGACGUUCUCUGGUCAGCUACUAAACACUACAGUAGGGCUAGGUUUCUGCGCUGGUCUGUCGGUCUGUGACGGUCGGACAGCCAUGAGGCAACGCCCAGUGCCUUCGGUGUUCUUACAGGAGUUGUCGCUUCACAGCCACCUCUCCGACCAAUCAGAGGAACCGGAUUCACCGGCCCAUACCCCGCGUCGGUUCUGGUUGGCUGUACGAUGUUUCAUAUGAUUUCAUUGCCCUGUACGAUGAUUAAUGUCUUUUUGUUCGGAUGACCGAUGUUUAAUGUCUUUUUGUUCGGAUGUACGAUGUUUAAUGUCUUUUUUUUUUUCGGGUUAUGUUGUAUAUGUUUUUGCUCUAGGAUCUGUUCUUCAGCUCUAAAAGGUUUAAUGCUAAAUGUUAAUGCAGUGUAGCACCGUAAUAUUGCUCUAUAUGUUCUAUUGUUGCCGUAGUUACCAUGGAUUCACACUUAUCCACGAUGGGAUAUGUCGUCUGUAAUAAGUUAUGGUACUUCAACAGGGGGAUUCAUGAAUCCUAUUUCAGCAUUUGUUUGGAGACAUAAAGCUAGCUGGUGGCUAGCAAAUACUAGCCUAUCCACUCAUACAAGUGAUCCACAAAUACCAGCGAACGCUCGGAUCAGAAAGGCUUGAGAGGAGGAAGACGAUGGGGGUGAUGAUGGUGUAAAGCUUCAGUUUGUGUAUAGUUGUGAUGUGAUUAAAUAUGUUAUGAUUUACAGCCGAUGGUACAGUCAUGUUAUUCGACACCUACACUGUUCUCCGGGCCUGCCUCAUUUUGGUAUAUUGUAUUGUUUUGCUUCCUGGUUUGGAAGCAAACAAAGCUGGGAGUUUUGUGCGGAAGUAAAGAUACCUGAGUCCUCCGGUUUCAUGUCUUAGCCUACAAACUUCUAAGGGGCGUUUUCUGAACACUCUUAUUUCGGAAGAAUGGACGGUUUGCGCAAAGACACGUCAGAGCUACCGAACCUCUGAGCUGUUUUGAAGGCAGCAUUACAUCACGUUCUGGUUCUUUGUAUUUUCUUACUUCCUGCUUGUGUGAUGUCAUUUCCUGGUUGUUUGUGAUAUCACUUCCUGGUUCUUUAUAUUUUCCUACUUCCUGGUUGUGUGUGAUGUCACUUCCUGGUCCUGUGUUCUUUCUUCUUGGUUGUGUUGUGUAUGUGUUGGGUGCUAGUGGGAUUCACGUGAGGCAGAGGAAGUGUUUCCUAAAAUAAAAUAUAUCUUUGACUUAA